AUGAAAUUAGAUCGACUAGUAAUUUGGGAUAUUUGGGUUCUCUACAACGUUGUCUUUGUCACCUCCGAUAAUUGGAUUGUAGAUCAAACCUUCAACUAUAGUGACGUUGGCAAAGCCGUUUUGUUCUUUGAAGGACAACGAUCAGAAAAGUUGCAUGUGACGCAGCGAGUUAAGUGGCGAGGUGACUCUGCACUCUCCGAUGGAAGCUAUGAAAAUGUGAAUUUGGUGGGAGGCUACUACGACGCUGGCGACAACGUGAAGUUCGGUUGGCCGAUGGCGUUUACGGUGACAUUGUUGAGUUGGACCGCCGUGGAAUAUGAAAAAGAGAUAGCAUCAGUGAUGCAGCUGGAACACCUCCGGAGCUCCGUCCGGUGGGGCGCCGACUUCAUUUUGCGGGCUCAUGCUUCACCCACCACACUCUAUACUCAGGUAGGGGAUGGAAAUGGCGAUCAUAAGUGCUGGGAGCGGCCAGAGGACAUGGACAUCCCUCGAACGGUUUACAAGAUAACGCCUAAUUCUCCCGGCACCGAAGCAGCCGCGCUUGCCGCCGCUUCCAUCGUGUUCAACCGUGUGGAUGCCAAUUAUUCAAGAAUCCUUCUUCAACAAUCCAAAAGCUCUUUUAGUUUGCUGAACCAGUUUAGAGGAUCUUAUUCUGCUUGUCCAUUCUACCGUUCUUAUUCUGGAUACCAAGAUGGGUUGUUGUGGGCAGCGACUUGGUUAUACAAAGCAAGUGGAAAUAGCAAAUACUUGAGCUAUGUUUUAACCAACCAAGGGUGGAGUCAACCCACACCCGAGUUUAGUUGGGACAAUAAAUUUGUUGGAGCUCAGAUACUAUUAGCAAAGGAAUUCUAUAAAGGAAAGAAAAAUUUGAGCAAGUUUAAUAACGAUGCAGAAUCUUUCACCUGCACGAUGAUGCCCGGUGGCGACUCUUCUCAGAUUCCAAUGACGCCAGGUGGGCUUCUUUUCCUAAGAGAUAAUAGUAAUUUGCAGUAUGCAUCGAGCUCUUCCAUGGUGCUUUUCAUGUAUUCUAGAAUUUUAAACCAAGCUCAUGUUGAUGGAGUUCAUUGUGGAUCCAAAUAUUUCUCCUCUUCUCAAAUCAAAACCUUUGCCAAAUCACAGGUGGAUUACAUAUUGGGGAAAAAUCCCUUGAAAAUGUCAUACAUGGUAGGAUUUGGCAACAACUAUCCCUUACAAUUGCAUCAUAGAGCCUCAUCCAUCCCUUCAAUAAAAGUGCACUCUACAAAAGUUGGUUGUAAUGACGGUUACUCGAACUAUUUUUAUUCAAAUAAUCCAAAUCCGAACAUACACAUCGGUGCCAUAGUAGGAGGUCCUAAUUCAAACGAUCAAUUCACUGAUAUGAGGUCGGACUACUCUUAUUCUAAGCCUACAACUUAUAUGAAUGCUACUUUUAUUGAUUCAGUGGCUGCCUUAGUUGCAUCAGGAAAAAGAGAUUACUAA